AUGAACAUGCCCAUAGUCAGUCAGACAUGUUGCCGGGAGAAAAGUUUACAACACUAUCAUUAAUGCACGAAUAACGCCACUAAAUGCAAAAGUAGAAAUCUGUGACAAGGUGUAAACUGAGCUUUCGGUUGUUCGUGUUUCCUGUACACUAAAUGAAGGCAUGUUGCGCAGGAGAUCACAUCUUGUCCUGUUUCUCACUGAAGUGCUCGUGUGUUUCUGUGGUACAUGGGCAACAAUGAAUGUGAAGAAUGCUCUGGAGGGAGAAACAGUGAAGGAAACCAUCCUGAAAUGUUCUGCACUGGGAAAAGACGAUCAACUCAUGGCGUAUUUUCAGGAAAACUCUGCCUCUAAUGGACGUGAGCUGUGUGCACAAUACUUCUGCGAUCAUGGAAAGUGUGUGAAUGACCCAGCAUCUGUAGGCCAAUUCCAGGAGCAAGAUGGUGAUGUAGUUCUGGUCAUACAAAACGUCAACAUUACCAACUCGGGCCAGUACUCUGUGUCCCACAAUGGUGUUAGAGACGUGUGCAAUUUCACUCUUGAUGUUCAAGAAGCAACAGGGCAAAAAAAGGAGAACAUCACUGAGACAGAGAUGCCCCAGUCUUCUGUUUCAACUUGGUCAGUUUCUGUAAUCGCUGUUGUUCUGGUCAUCAUUGGUGCAUUGGUUCUGGUCAUCAUCGGUGUUCUUUGCUGCACCAAGAAGAAGAUAAUGAAUUCUGGAACAAAACCUGCAGCAGAAGAACAUGAGCUGAAGAAUUUGAAAACAGCCAGAACCUAGAACAACCCAAAGAGUGUCUGGUCCCGUAAGC